AGCUCAGGCUUCAUCAGCACCGAGCGCUUUCGGGACCUCCUGGCUGCCCACGGCUCAGAGCUGGACCCCAAUAAGCUGGAGGUGCUGCUGGCGCUCGCUGAUGCCAACGGGAAGAUCUGCUACCAAGACUUUGUGAACCUGAUGAGUAACAAGCGCUCCAACAGUUUCCGGCGGGCCAUCCUCCAGGGGAGCCGGCAGCUGAAGGGUGUGAGCCUGAGUGAGGAGGUGGGCCUGGGUCUCUCCCAGAGGCUGGUGCGCCACGUGGCCUAUGAGACUCUCCCCCGCGAGGUCGACCGCAAGUGGUACUUCGACAGCUACACGUGCUGCCCCCCUCCUUGGCUCAUCCUGGCCAUCACCAUCGCAGAGGUGGCAGUCUUCAUUUACUACGGGGUACAGCUGGACCGAUGGGUGCUGCAGGUGUCGUCCCCGGCCUACUUGAGGGGGGCUCUACCGUACCACCCCCGGCUACGGGCACAGGCCUGGCGCUUCAUCACCUACGCCUUCAUGCACACGGGGAUUGAGCACCUCGGGUUGAACAUGGCCAUGCAGCUGCUGGUGGGAGUGCCUCUGGAGAUGGUUCACGGGGCGCUGAGGAUUGGCCUUGUGUACGUGUGCGGCGUUCUCGCAGGGUCUUUGGCGGUGUCUGUGACCGACAUGACGGCGCCGGUCGUGGGCUCAUCUGGAGGAGUCUAUGCGUUGGUCUCUGCCCAUCUAGCCAAUAUUGUCAUGAACUGGUCCGGGAUGCAGUGCCAAUUUAAACUCUUCCGCAUGGCCAUGGCCCUGGUGUGCAUGAGUGUGGAGUUUGGCCGCGCGGUGUGGUUGCGCUUCUACCCACAGGCCUUCCCCCCCUGCCCCAACCCCAGCUUCGUGGCCCACCUCGGGGGAGUGGCGGUGGGCCUGACCCUGGGCGUGGUGGUGCUCCAGAACUACGAGCAGCGUCUGCAGGAGCAGUCCCUCUUCUGGAUCUUCUUCUGCGUCUACACGCUGUUCAUCAUGUGCGGGGUCUUCUGGAAUGUCUUCGCUUAUAGUCUGCUAGACGUAAAGCUACCUCCUCCACCAUGACGUUGUCCUUUACGUUGGACAGACAGAUGUGCACAUAGUCAAGCUUAUCAGCUCCUGAGCACAAAUCUGUGCCACUGUUACGCCACUUCAAUACCAAGUACCUCAUCUGUAUUGAAUUAACACAGUCUGCAGCAGCGCCCUGUUAUCUUAUAUGUGCCUACUCCGGGCCGCUAUACGGCAAAGAGAAGGAUCCAUCUAAAGCGAAGAGAUGAACUCGUACCCCCAAAAGCUUUCUGCACAAGUCAAGCCAAGAGCGGUGUUCGACAUGUAGACCAAUUACUAAUGUGGUGAAUAAUCUGUGUUGUGAAAUACUAGACUGAUGUGGAUAGAAAUGUCAUCGUCAAGCUUUCGCAGUUUGUUUUUUUUCGUAGCAGUCAUUCCACUCCAAAGACCCAUGCGUUACAUUGUGUUGAAAAUCUCCAUAUAUUUCUCCAUAUACGAGUGUGAAUUUCUGAGGUGUUGCAAAAACACAGAACACAUCUUUUUUUUCUGUGAAAAGAGAGUUGAAAUAUAUAUUUUUGUAUAAAUGAAUAUAGCAUGCUAAAAACGUAGCUCUGCUCUACAAUGGAGUGUUGCCAAAAUCAUACAGCCAACAUAGCCAAUGCUACGCCUCUGCUUCUGGGUAUUAUGAAGAUCAACCGGUUUUAAGACACCACAGUUUUCACACUUGCGGCCAUUUUGUUUGUGGGGAUUCCACCUACAGUACGCAUUUAUUUCACUCAGUCCAAAACUUGCAUAGUUGGAGUCUAUGGUUUGACAUACUACACACUAUACAUGGGAAACAUCUAAGCUAAACUGUUUCCCCUGACAAAGUUAUAUGUUUACCUAUGGAAAGUUUUACUUAAUUGCCUUUUUUUCUGAUGAAGACAUUAUGAACAUUAGCACACUGUCUCCCUCACUUUUCUGACUUGAAUUGUAACACUAUGCUGUCUGCAAACCUAUUUAUAUUUUGUUGAGUCGGUGGCAUGUGAUUGUGUGAGGUGACCUGUCGGUGUAGUGACACUACAGUGUGUUGGGUACUCGUCUGUGUUCUGCGACAUGGUGCUUACGUUAUAUAACAAACGUGUCAUCCCUUCUCAACGGACGACCACAAUGUCUUAUAAAACUACUCGAGAAAGCUGACCUCAAUCUAGGCCAGAGUCAAAUGUGUGGCUUAAGUAUUUGGAGGACUAAAACCUACCAACGUGAUAAAGGAGCACAAUAAACGGGCCUCAAGGUCCUCAGGGGCCCCAGUAUACCGUCCUUUGACCUCACUAAUAGCUAAGGUAUCUGUACUCCGAUUCCAUAUGCAUAGCCUACAUUAUGGUAAUAAAGUAAUAUUUUAACGUACUGCAAAUGUUUGGUUUUUAUUAAUAUGCUAUGUACUCUCAUAAUGGUUAAACUGUAUCCUGUGAUGAAUAUUAAGUAUUGGAGACUGAGGGUUUUACAUAUUAAGGGCUGUAGUGCUAAGAGUCAGAUGCUGACUUUAUUUUAAUAUGUGCAUAUUUUGUAGAUUUGUUAUGUAAAUAUGAAACACAUUAAAUAACUUUAUAUUAAAA